AUUUAAAUCUUUUUGUUAAACGGUUGGUGUGUAUCCACUAAACCGGGCAGUGACACUCCGCAGUCUCCGGCGAGAGAAUGAGGCCACGGAUCUUCCUCUUCGGCGACUCCAUCACCGAGCAGUCAUUCAGAUCCGGCGGCUGGGGUGCCGCACUCGCCGAUACUUACUCUCGCAAGGCAGAUGUGGUGGUGCGUGGCUAUGGCGGCUACAACACCAGAUGGGCUCUGUUCUUGCUUCAUCACAUUUUCCCUCUCGACUCUUUGAAUCCUCCAGCUGCUACAACGAUAUUCUUCGGCGCGAAUGAUGCAGCCCUAAAAGGAAGGACAAGUGAUAGGCAGCAUGUACCUGUGGAAGAGUACAAAGAUAACCUCAGAAAAAUUGUUCAGCAUUUGAAGAAAUGUUCACCUACCAUGCUAGUUGUGCUUAUAACCCCACCACCAAUUGAUGAAGCCGGACGUAAAAGUUACGCCGAAUCGGUCUAUGGUGAGAAAGCAAUGAACGAGCCUGAGAGAACAAAUGAAAUGGCUGGAAUUUAUGCACAGCAAUGUGUUGAAUUAGCCAAAGAACUUGGUGUCCGCAGUGUCAACCUAUGGUCCAAGAUGCAGGAAUCCGAGGGCUGGCACAAAAAGUAUCUAAGUGAUGGUCUGCAUCUGACGGCCGAUGGCAAUGCAGUGGUGCAUCAAGAAGUUUCGAAGGUGUUGAGAGAGGCAUGGCUCUCCCCUGGAGAGAUGCCGUACGAUUUCCCUCACCAUUCUCACGUCGACGGUUCGAACCCUGCCAAAGCUUUCCAUGACCGCUGCUUGUAGGACUUCUGCCUUCACCCUUCACCCUUCACCGGAUUCAUUCGGAAUUCAGCUUUCCAUUCCAGAGAUACAAGAACAGGCAUCUU